UGUUAGCUCACCCUGCUUAUUGUCUAAAGCCGGUUUCGUAAAAUGACUAUUGAGCAUGACGAAGAAAUUGGUGCAAGAGAAGCUAUGCAAGACGUUAAGGAGCCAUUAAUCGAGCAUAGAAAGAUCAAUGGCCACGAAAACAAGUCUUAUUCUCAAGGCAAUGGUGAUAAAGGGUCAAAUUUAGUUGUUUUUAUUAGUACUAUGGUUGCUGUCAUGGGGUCCUUUGAGUUUGGUUCUUGUGUUGGAUAUACAGCACCUACUCAAACAUCUAUAAUUAAGGACCUCAACUUAUCAGUGGCAGAGUUUUCGUUGUUUGGUUCUAUUUUGAGCAUUGGAGCUGUGCUUGGUGCAACCACCAGUGGACGUAUUGCUGAUCACUUUGGCCGAAAAGGGGCUUUAGCUAUGUCAACUGUUUCAUGCAUUAUAGGAUGGGUUGCAAUUUACUUCUCUCGGGAGGCAAUGUCACUUGACAUUGGAAGGUUUCUCACUGGAUAUGGUAUUGGAGUUUCCUCUUAUGUGGUACCUAUAUACAUAGGUGAAAUUGCACCAAAAAAUCUCCGUGGAGGUUUAGGCACACUGAAUCAGCUUAUGAUCGUGAUUGGAGCUUCAACUGCUUGUUUUGUUGGAACAAUUGUUACCUGGCGAGUGCUAGCACUAACAGGAAUCAUACCGUGUAUCAUUCUUUUGGUCGGUCUCAUUUACAUACCAGAAUCACCAAGAUGGCUGGCAAAAGCAGGGCAAAUGAAAAGGUUCGAAAGUGCACUGAGAAUGCUUCGAGGGAAAGAUGCUGAUAUUUCCACUGAAGCAUAUGAAAUUCAGGAAUACAUAGAAACUAUAGAACACUUGCCAAAAGUCAGGAUGCUGGAUCUUUUCCAACAGAGAUAUAAGCGUUCAGUCACAAUUGGGGUUGGACUUAUGCUUUUGCAACAACUUGGUGGUGCUAACGGCAUGGGAUUCUAUGCAAGCGAAAUGUUUGUUGCUGCAGGUUUUCCUUCAGGCAAAUUCGGAAUCAUAAUGUAUGCAAGUAUACAGAUACCUAUAACAGCAAUUGGUGCAAUGCUGAUGGACAGAAGUGGACGUAAACCUCUCUUGUUGGUUUCGUCUGCAGGAACAUUUUUUGGAUGCUUUUUGGUAGGAUCAGCAUUUUUAGCUAAGCGCUUUGGAUUUUUUGUGACAGAGGCUCCGUAUCUAGUCCUUGGAGGAGCAUUGCUUUACAUCGGCUCAUUCUCUAUUGGAGCUGGAGCGAUUCCAUGGGUUAUGAUGGCAGAGAUUUUCCCAAUAAAUGUGAAGGGGGUAGCAGGAGGUCUCGUCAAUUUGGUGCACUGGUUUUGUGCAUGGGCAGUUUCCUACACUUUUAAUUUCUUCUUCAAUUACAGUGCUGCAGGCACCUUUUAUUUCUAUGCAGCAGCUUGUGCCCUUAAUGUCCUCUUUGUGGCAAAAUUAGUGCCAGAAACAAAAGGAAAGACUCUAGAAGACAUUCAAGUCACAAUCAACCAAAUAAAAUAGUAAUUCAUAUUUACUUUUUAUUUUAUAUGUUCUUUAAAUUUGAAACUUUUUUUUUUUAAUGGUUGAGAUGUUUUAGAAAUUUAAUAAAGGAUGAAAUUGGAGAUUUUGCUCUUUUUUUUUUUUUUUUUUUUCGUACAUAUGACAAAUUUUGAGAUACAUAGAGAAGCUUUAAAUCUGGAAAGUGUAGAAGCUACAAUAAGGCCCCAAUUUUACCUAUAUUGAAAUAAAAUGUUGCUGAAUUAAAAUAAUUUUUACAAGAAGUAAUUUUCUUUGAUGUUAUUGAUUUUUUCAGAGUAAAAUUUAUUUUUAUC